AUGGCGAGCAAUCCGAAGACUCCUUCAACCAACUCAUCUCCGGUCAAAGGGGCUAGGGUUGAGAAACCAGCCGCCAUGAGCAAAGCACGUUCGAAGAACAAGGACGGCUCGAUCCACGCCUCCCCAACUGACAUCUUCGGUCCAAACGCUGUUACCCGGUAUCUCCGCAUCCCGCAAACCGGCAACAUCACCGGUGCGGAACUGAUGACGUUUCUUCCCGCGCUGAUUCGUAGCCCCGGCGUCCUUGUUCGAUUUGUCCAGAACGGUGGCGAUGCCUACCCCCUCGUUAGGAUUCACAAAUGGUUUCGAGUCGUGGUGAAGAACAAUUCUCGGCAAGACGCCACCAAUGCCGACGAUCAAUGGACUAUGACUCGCCACAAGGCCGGUCUUUACCCAAAGGUCGGCCAGGCUUGGAACCACGAUAAUCUGACUCUUACCGGCGUCCAAAACCACUGCGAGAUUCAAGUCCCGGGCAGCCGUCACGAUAAACCGGUCGUUGCUAGCGUCCAUUUCGCGUCACUGGCAGCUGACGUUAGGGUAUACCCAUCUGGCGACGACGAGCUCGAUCUAACCCGCUGUGUCAAGGCCGCUGUUGCCAAUAUCGACCUACCGCUGAUGUUUCCACGAGACUUUAACUGGCUCACUCAGCUCUUGGGUGGUCCCCGGACGGUACUCCCUGCGCAUCGAGAUGGUGCACUGUUUGAUCGUUGGAGGACUGUGGCGUGGGAGACGAUGCCCGAGCCGGAGGCGGUCCAGGCUGCGACAAACCUCACGCACCACGUAUUCACAGCAGCACAGCGGACGGCAACCGUGCAGCAUCUUCAGCAGUUCCCCGUUGUCCAGGCGUUUACGUUUGUCCGACCGCCUCCUUCUGUCCAGCCCCACGUCCCCGCGCCUCGCGGCCCUGUGAGGAUGACAAACCACGCUGGCCCCUCUCGCGCACAAGCUCCUGCUGCAGCCAGCGGUCUUUCAUCUAUUAACUCGUUGAUCCUUAGUCGGAUCAUGAACAACACUGCCGCCGACUUGUCACAUGUCCUAGCUACGAUACAAGAGGAUCAACUAUACGCGUUGUAUGUCAGCGUCUUGGCCGCUAACGGCAUCGUGCCCAUUAACCGCCGCGCGGAGCAUACACCUGGCCCGGACACUCCAGACAACUCCCUUCUAGGUCAUCGUAGUCUUCCCGACCUAAUCGAACCAGCUGCACACGACGCCAGGGCUGUAUCUCCAUCUGGCCCUUGGGACAACGACAUGGCCGCUAACGACAACGAGUCUCACGUCCCAAAUCAGUUCGAAGAACAGCUUGACGACGACACUAGCUCAUUCGCGUCUCUCGAUCUCAGUAUGAUCGAUCCGGAGAUCCUGGAGAGCAUCGAUCCGGAGAUUCUGGACAGCAUCAACCGUGAGUUAGGUGGCUUCGUCGACCAGCAAAACGAUGCGGAGCUCGCACAGGACAACCCAGAAGACCACAACCUCGAUUUGCAGGACGAUGAUGCCCAUGAUGGACUUGUCCAGGAGACUUCCAUCCCUUCCAUCGUGGUCCACGACGUCGACGGCGGCAGUGCCGAACACCCCGCUGAUGAUACUUCCUCCCGUGAAGCUUAG